UCUUAAUAAGCCUUAAUUUUUACGUAGGAGACUGGACGUCAUAAAAAUGUCUAACAGCUUAAGAGGGCUAGAAGAGGGGCAAAAAGGGCAGGACGAAGAAGAUAAGGUAUAUUUUUAUGAAGAAAGAUUUGAUAGAUUUGAAAUGAAAAAAGUUGAGGAGUUUAUGGGUGUUUUUGAAGGGGAAAAAAGGGAAGAAAAGGACGGGAAUGAGUGGGUUAUUGAUGUAGAAGGGGUUGAGCGAAAAAAGGAAUCGAAUCUGGGGAGUUUUGGGCAAGAAAAUGAAGAAAUAAAAGUAAAUGAAAAAUUAAAGGAAUCAGCAAGUGAAAUAAGUGAAGAAUCGGAGAAUACCGAUGUAGCAGAUGAUUGGACAGAAUUGAGUAAAGGUAGAUAUUUUGGGUCAGUAGAAGAUGAGAUUAUAUGUCAUAAAUGUGCGGAACCAGGACAUAUUGCACGUGAAUGUUUUCAAGAAAUGUGUACGAAUUGUGGGACGGUGAAUGAACAUUUAGCAUCACGAUGUCCAAUGUUACAAAAAUGUCAUAAUUGUAAUGAAUUAGGACAUAUUCUUAUAGAUUGUAAAAAACCUCGAAAAAUAAAUAUAUGUAGUACAUGUUCAUCAAAAUACCAUCCAGAUGAUAUGUGUCCUAAAAUAUGGAGAUGUUAUAUAUUUAAUCCAGAUGCACCAAAAGAAUUUACUCCUAAGCGAUAUUGUUAUAAUUGUGCGGAAUAUGGACAUUACGGUGAUGAUUGUCGUCUUCCUCAAUAUUCUAGGUAUUUAGAAUCAUCAGCUUUUUGUAUUGAUAAUGAGCCGAUUCCUGCCUCUGAAUACGAGUAUUUAAAACAUAAAGAAAAGAUAAAAAAGAAGAAACUUUUAAGAGAAUAUAGAGAAUAUGAGAAAGAAGAUUGGUUUGUACGAAAAAUGAAAAAAAAGUGCAUGGAUCAUAAAUCGCCAAGACUAGAUACUUUUCAAAAAGAUAAAUCAUAUAAUAAGAUAAAUUAUUUAAAUAGUGUACAUAAUAGGCAUGACGAACUUUUAUAUAAUAACUCAGAUAAACGACAAAACAACAAAUAUGAUAAAAAACGACUAAAAAGAAAUUUAAAUAAAGGGAAACCUAUUUAUAUUGAUUUGAUUCCACGUUAAAAUGGUAUUCUUUAUAAAAAAUUGUGAUUAUUUAUCUAGUAAAAAU